ACAUUUGAGGUUGAAGUUAAAAUGAGCUUUAGUUUGUUUAUUUCUAGUAAUUUUUUCUCACAAAAAUAGUGUAUAUUACGUGUGUCAACGAAAAAUAAACUUAUUCGAUGUUUUCUCAUAAUAUAUUGAGAUUGAGAGUAUUUGGAGUAGUCUUGUAAUAGCCUAGAUUAUGCAGGCUAGAGGCUAUGUGUGAGGUUAACUUGGAAUGUCAAGUACAACUUAUUUUACUAGCCUAUUUAAGACUUUAAUUUCUUCACUUAAUUUUAAUGUACGUUCAUUUUGACUGACAUGAGUUGGCUAAAGAAUUCUAACUUUGGAACUAGUAUAGGCAAACUCAAGGGUACUUCCCCUCCCAAAGAAUGUGACCCAUCUGCAAUCUAUGAAAGUUUUAAAAAACAUUGGCAACAGACAAAUGAUAUCAUAGAAAAGACGGAGCCCUUGAAGAACCCUCCAAAAACAGAUGAUAUUCUUGGUGUUGUGAAUCACUUGGAUCAUAUGGUCACUCUCUUGGUAAUCGAAAUGCGAUCAAGUUAUGAAACAAAUCCUUGCCUUGAAUUUCUACUGAGUGAAAAUUUAUUGGACAAAUUAUUCCAAUGGAGCACACAAACUGGAAGAUACGGAAAUGCUCUCAAGUUAGAACAGAUUAGGCUUUACGAAGCUCUCAUCAGCCACUCCCAAGUGCAGCUGUUGAUACACGAGUCGUUCCAUCGUCCGCUACAAGCCCUCCUUGCAUCCUGCGUCAGCCAGCUGUUCUCAGUAGAGAUAGAGAAGAGGCUGGUAGUACUGUUAAACCAGCUGUGUGUCUUACUGGUUCAGCACAACCAACUGUUAAGCUUAUUCUUUCACGAGCCCUCAGAAGGGCAGCCGUCAAGGUUCACCAUCUUCUCUCUCUUGAUUCACUUUGUUCACCGUGACGGAGCGCUCGGCCAGCAAGCCAGAGAUGCCCUACUGCUGUGCAUGGUGUUGUCCAAGACUAAUCCUCCUAUCGCAGAGUUCAUCGCUCAUCAAUCCACUGUUUGUCCGGUGCUGGCCACGGGGCUUAGUGGGCUCUACUCAGCACUGCCUCGCAAGCUUGCCAUCUCUACAGAAGACUGGUACCGCUUCACACCAGACGACGUCAACGAGAUACCCGAGUUAGUAGCAUUCAUGAACAACUUAGAAUUCUGUAAUGCCGUCGUGCAAGUAGCCGAUUCAUCAGUGCGCAAUCAGCUGCUUGAGUACAUCUAUCAAGGCUUUCUGGUCCCGGUGAUGGGGCCAGCCUUAUUGCAGGAGACGGCAGACGACGGUGGUGGUGGGUCGUUGUCUCUCUCCCCCCUACAGCUGUUGCUAACCUUCUACUCCCACUUGAGAGAAAAUAUUCGAGAGAGUACAGAAGAGGAACUCACAACAGCAACGGCGUACCUGGACCUCUUCCUCCGAAGUCUCUCUGCUCCUGGUUUGCUACAUUCUUUUGUCUGCUUCAUACUGCGGAAGACUUACGAUGGCCAGCGAAUCAUUGACAGUCUGGUUCAAAGGAUAAAAUCCACCUCUAGGCUGUGCCUUGUAACCCUGGCUCUGCUGGAGACACUGGUAGACCUCAACUGUGAAGAUGUCAUGUUGGAACUUGUGUUCAGACACCUGGUACCUUGCUCUCAUAUCAUGCUGUCUCAGAGGUCGAGGAUACGACAUGUUGAUUCCUACUGCACCAACGCGGACAAACUACUAUCUCUCACUCCAGAUGUUAACGGCUUACACAGGCCGGAGUUAUCUGAAGGCAGUCUCUACGGUGACUACCAAGCGUAUUUACAUGACGCAAGAAGCAAAAUACUCAGUUGUAGUGCAGCCACGAAUUGUUGGAUGUAUCCCUACGAUGGAGAGAACCCGCCCCAUACAGGUUUCCCAGUGAGACCUGUAGACCUGCCUGUUACCCUGGACGCGGAGGCCGACCACAGCCUCCCCUCUGCAGACGACGGUAGCUCUGGGUACGAGAGUUUCGCCCUCAAGGAGGGAGGACGAGGCAGUGAGAGUGGGGGAGAUUGUGACAGUCCGUGUGGAAGUGAUCAUGACUCUCCCUCCAAGUCUCAACCUUCUCCUACUCUGUACGACACUGGGAUCAACACUGUACGCACCAUAGGUCCGUUCCUAGAUGCAGUGUUACAGAAGUUAGAAGCAAUGCUUAGUCAGGAUCUGUACACCAACUUGAGACUCACUGGACUCAUAUCUCGACUUGCCGUUUACCCUCAACCUCUGCUGCAUUCUUUGCUGCUAGACCACUCAUUAGUCUUCCAACCUGGGAUACCUUAUCUCUUUCAGGUUUUGUGUUCGCUCAAGUCCAAGAUAGAAAGGUUGUUGGUGGGGGUGAGGACAGUGGAGGGGAUGGUAAAAGAGGCGCAACAGUAUCUACUUGAGAGGGAGGACAGACUGGUCAACGCACGCAAGCACGCUCUAGAGGCUCCCGCUAGUCUACCCCCUACCACCUUCAGCCCUGCCGACCCCUUCGACAGAGGUGACAGCAAACGACGCAGCCUCACAAUGGCCCUCAGCUCUGUGUUCAGGAGAAACGGAACACCACCUGUCAAAGACCCCAGGUUCUCAACAUUUCAAAACUACAGGUAUCUUCAGCAGGCUGACAGUGGGGUCAGAGACACAGUCAUGUGUGCUGUCGUACUGGACGAGUGGUUAAAGGAGCUGGCAGCCAUAUCACAGGAACACACGAUCAUUAAACUUUCUUCAUAAUAUCUGGUGUUUCGCCGUUUUUAUAAGGACGGGUCUCUCCAAAAGAACAAUGUUGCACAACCAGUAAUAUAAGAGAAGACAACUAACGUUAUUUUAGGGGUUUUAUUCGAUUAUUCAUUAGAUAAUUUAUUUUUGUGUGACAUAACAACUAAUCUUACUUGCCAAAGUACUUGGAUUAUGUUUUCUAUAACUACUUACCUAGGAAAUAUUAUUGUACUUUAAACAUAAACAUAAGUGCUUGGACAAAACAUGAUUAUUUUUUUAUUCUAAUCUUCAACUUUGACAAAUUUUGUGCAUAAAAUAUUUAUCUUAUCCAAUUUUAUUUACUUGAACUUGUCCGUCCUGCUUUGCCAAGCACAAAUGUUUCAAUCGGUGUAAAAAUGUCAAUUUUGUUUCAAAAAUGUGAUUUUAACUUAGCUUUAAUAAUAACAUUGCAUGUUGCCACAAUUUGUAGAUUGUAUAUUUUGUUACUAGAUUUUAUUGUAUAGGAUUAUUACUUACGGUUGGACUAUGUUGUAGUAUAUGUUAAAGUUUUACUUACGUGUUAUGUAGUUGUUAUAUUCUUCGUACGUGUUAUAUCCAUGACUUAAUACAUGAUUUGCUUUAGUAUUUAUUUUAAAUCUUUUUGGUGACAAAUAUUUUCAUUAUUAUAUUUAACAAAUGAGUCAAUUGAUUUUUAAAGUAGUUUUUCCCUUAAAGUUGAUUCUAUUGUUGGCUUAUGGAUAUUUUAAGGAAUUAUUUGUGUAUUUUACCAUUUCUUGCAUCGGUUUCUCGCUUAGGGAUGUUCGAUAUUUUAUUAUUUUACUAAUAUUCAUUCGAGCUUGUUCUAAUCAAUUUCCUAUUUGUUUGGAUUGUUAAUAUUCAUUUGACAUACAACUUAGAACUUACUAUUGUACUUGUUUUGCACUUGUUAUUGUCAUCAGUAUUUGUUUAUUUACUAUUCAACGUUAUGAUUAUCAGCACCAUUUCCAUCAAACACCAAGUUAAAAUUUCGGAUCAAAUAAAUUUUCUCCUUUAUACGUAAUUUUGCUCAAAU